GGUCGAAAACGUGGACAGCCUUUCUGCAGCAAACACCUUUGCCCUCAACCUUUUCAAGAAGAUUAGUGCAAAUGAGACUUCCAACGUGUUUUUAUCUCCUUUGAGUGUGUCCACUGCACUGCUAAUGGUCAUGUUGGGUGCCAGAAAUAACACACAAGCUCAGAUAGCCAAGGUCCUAUCUAUACCCAAAGAUGGAGAGGUUCACCAAACAUUUGGGAAGCUUAUUUCUGAUAUCAACAAACCGGGGGCCAAUUAUAGCCUCAGCCAAGUCAACCAGCUCUUUGGAGAAACAUCAUACGAUUUUCUUGCAUCAUUUAUAGAAUCCACUGAGAAAUUCUACCAUGCAAGUCUGGAAAAACUUAACUUCAAACAAGCUUCAGAAGAUUCAAGAAAACAUAUAAAUGCCUGGGUAGCAGAAAAAACAUCAGGAAAAAUUCAGAAUCUGCUUGGCCCUGGAGUAGUUAAUUCGCUUACAAAAGUGGUUUUGGUGAAUACUAUGUAUUUCGCGGAGGAUUGGGCAGAUGAGUUUGACAAAAAUCAAACACAGGAAAAGCCAUUUUGGAUUAACAAGUUGGAGAGAGAAAUGACACAUGAGAAACUCAUGGACUGGAUUAAGAAGAUGAAGCGGACAGAAAUUGACCUCUCCCUUCCCAAAUUUAAAUUGGGAGCGAAAUACGACCUGAAGCCUGUUCUGAAAAGCAUGGGAAUGACGGAUGCGUUUGAUGUGGGCAAGGCAGACUUCUCUGCAAUGUCAACUAACAAUGAUUUAGUCAUCUCUGAAGUUGUUCACAAAUCAUUCAUAGAAGUCGAUGAAGAAGGCACGGAGGCCGCUGCGGCCACUGGUGUAAAUAUAGCAUUUCUGAGUGCACGUUCGCCAAUUGAAUUCAAAGCUGACCAUCCCUUCGAGUUUUAUAUCAUUGACCGAUCUACAAAUAAUAUCCGACUCCUUGGUAGAGUUAGUUCUCCAUAAUGGGUGCAUCCAGCAGAUGUUGGUACAAUGGCUUUGACCCUCAAUUCCUCAUCAGAUUUGUUUAAACCGUGUUGUACUGAGCUUUCACUAUCACACUUACGAUCUCCCCUGUGAUUAGGGUAGAGAUAGUUCCUUUGUAACGCUCCCUAAUCCUGGAUUUUAGUUAUUUCUUUCCAGAAUCAUUUUUAAUCAAUUGAAGGAAAUAACGUUUUAAUACAAGUGCUCUGGCUGGUGGAUGAAUCCUGCAAAAGUGCUUUGUUUAUAUAGGAAUGUGGGCGGUGGAGGACUUGUUGUUAAGCAUGAAUCAAAUGUAUUGCAGCACAGAUGUGAAUAUGUAUCUGUCCAGACUCCAGAGUACAUUUCCAUGGGAUGAUACAAGUACAAUCAGCUCAGCUUCCAUUGUGACAUCAUGUUUUUUUUUCAUUUGAGUGACAUCAUGGCUAGUUGUAGGUGCCUCUGCUUGCCUUAUCCUAGCAAGUGUACACAGUGCUAGAAUGAGCACACGUAUAUAAUUUUGUGAUCAUCAUUUAAACAAGCAGUUUGAUUCUAUGUUACUCCAAUAUCUACCUUUAUAUAAUUCUUCUUUUGCUGCAGUCUUUCUUGUAAUCAAAACUGAAAUAAAACAGCCUUUGAUCAUG